UCACAUUUUACAACUUGUAAUAAACUAUUGAUAAAACUAAUGCAUUUCGUUUACAAAUCCAUAAGCUCGAAUAUAAAAAUCAUCAAAAUUCACAAUUUUAAUAUUAUAAGAUUAAAAUUCCUUUAUAUCAUUUUCAGAAACACCUCCAUUAAUAGCCAAAUAUCUUACUCUUUUCUCUUUCAUAACAUGUUCCUUUAUAUAAGGCAUUAAAUCACCUUCUUUCAUCAAAUUUUCGAUUAAUAAUUUUUUAAUAAUAAUAUUUCG